CUCCUGGUAAGAUCCCAAUAGGCUGCAAAUGGGUAUUUAAAGUAAAAUACAAGUCUGAUGGAUCCAUAGAAAGGUUUAAGGCUAGGUUAGUUGCCAAAGGUUAUACCAAAACCUAUGGCAUAGAUUAUUUUGAUACUUUCAGUCUUGUAGCUAAGAUAACUACAAUAAGGGUUCUACUCACUUUAGCUGCUAUUAACAACUGGCAUCUUCACCAGUUAGACGUUAAUACAACCUUUUUACAUGGAGACCUUGAUGAAGAGGUCUACAUGGUUCUACCCCCUGGCCUAACAACUGACCCUACUGAUGCAAACAAGGUUUGCAAGUCUAUAUGGCUUGAAACAAGCCAGUAGACAGUGGUUUCUCAAGCUGACAUCCACACUUAUUUCUAUUGGUUAUACACAGUCUAAAUCAGAUUAUUCCUUGUUUAUUAAAAACAAACCCAAUUCCUACACUGUUUUGCUUGUAUAGUCAUAUAUAAAGGGAAAGUUGCUCCCCUGUACAGACACCUUUUCCAGUUUGUUACAAUCAAUCUACUGAUUUCGUUGAGACUUUGACAGAGUUGGAUCGAGUUGAACGGGUGGGUAGGUUUACGGGUGUGUUUCUUUACGUGUUCACCCUACUCGUGCCACAUAACUAACACCUUUUUCUUAGGGGUGUUCAAACGGAUUGGUUACCAUGGUAACCAUAUUAACCAGUAUUAUUCAAUUAAUUUGGUUUGGUUAAUUUGGAUAAUUGGUUUGGUUAAACAAUUUAUCUUAUUUGGUUUAGGUGGUUUGGUUUGGUUUCAACACUGCUAACCAAUGAAACCAAUUAACCAAUUAAUGAUACACCUAAUAUACAAAAUUAUUUAUACUUCCAUGCAACCAACCAAACCAAACUUUCGUGAUUUCCUAUUUUAUUUCCUUGUGCACAACAAACCAAAACAUUAUGGUUCAAAAAUUAAAUGGGUCUGCCUAUUUACUAAACCAAAACAUUUGGGACAUCUACUAGAUUUUAGGAUUAUGUCCAAUAUAAUGUUUUCAUGUAAUGUUAUGUUAUUUGGUUAAUCCAAUUAUCCGAUAAACCAAACCAAUUAAACUUUGGUUUGGUUAAUUUGAUUUUCGUGUUAACUUGGAUGGUUUGGUUAAGACAUUUUAUUCUAUGGUUAAUAAAAUUUAGGCUUAAUUGGUUUGGUUAUUACUAUGGUAACCAUUUGAACACACCUACUUUUUCUGGCUUGUUUAUGCUCUUUCGCAUUUACCAGGUCAAGGGGUGGCAAAAUUGGCCGACUAAUACGUGUAAAUACAAGUGAGCGAGAGAAAGCAGAAAGAGUUGGAAACUGUGGAACUGGAGGUUGAUUAAGCCAAGGCGGGAAAAGCGCACGAGAAUGACACCAAAGAUGAGCCAAAAGCCCAAAAGUCAUUCAUUGGCUAUUGGGGUUGGACCUGCCCGGUUGCCGUCCAGCUUCACAGCCUGGAUACUGGAGGAGUGGAAGAAUCUUGCUGAAAUAUCCGUGGAGGCCAAAUACAACAAGUGCACAGCUUUUUGGCGGUGGUGGGUCUCAUCUGCUCACCUCCUCUGUUUCUGUCCUUUACCAGACAUCGGACCGAGCUCGUGGGAACGAACUGGGAGAAGGAAAGGAAGUACAAGUACACAGCUUUUUGGCGCAUAAAUACACUCCACGGUUCAACCCUGGGUAGAAAACGUGCGGAAACCACACUGCUGGCUUUACGUGUCAACUAAUCCUUCCUCUCUGUUUCUUCUUCCUUCUACUCCAUUCCUUCCUUCGUUCCCCCCUUAUUCAUCUCCAAUAUUCCAUCCACGCCUCUUCCCUUCGUUCCCUUCUUUCUUCCAGAAGAUUCAUCCCAUACCCACCUAAAACUUCAAAACUUGAUUUUCCCCCAAUUCUUGGGGUUCAAUCAGAAUUCCCAGAUAGAGAGUGUUCCGCUUUUGUUGAAUUGGGUAGCUGGAGAGCUUGGGGGGAAAUGGAAGUGGUGCUAGCUUCAUCGCAUCUUUCUGUUAAUUCGCGAUGUGGGUUGACUUCUUUCCAGCUUUCCCGCUCGCGCCGAAUCAGCCCUGUUCUGGCGUUUACUUCCACCAGUAACUGUAUAGCUUCUUCUUCUUCUUCUUCUUCCUCUUGUUUUGGGAUUUCCAUUUCUCAUAAGCACCAUCGGAGUAAUCCCUUCUCUUUGAGAAGCUCUCGUUUGCGUAAGAAAGGUAGAAUCUUCACCGUUUCUGCUGUGUUCGAGAGGUUUACGGAGCGGGCAAUAAAGGCGGUGAUUUUUUCCCAGAGAGAAGCUAGAGCCAUGGGGAAGAACAUGGUUUCUGCCCAGCACCUCUUGCUUGGUCUAGUUUCCGAGGAUCGAGACCCCGAUGGCUUUCUUGGCUCUGGAAUCACCAUUGACAAAGCUAGAGAAGUUGUUAGUGACAUUUGGCACAACGGUACCGAUGCUGAGGAUCCAAGUUCUACUAGGACGGAGAAGGGCGUCAAGUCCUCGACGGACAUGCCCUUUUCGACUAGUACCAAACUGGUUUUCGAGGCUGCUAUUGAGUAUUCCAGGACCAUGAAGCAUAAGUUCAUUGCUCCCGAGCAUAUAGCCAUUGGGUUGCUGACGGUUGAUGAUGGAAGCGCAGGUCGGGUCCUUAAGAGAUUGGGGGCAAAUGCAAAUCAGUUGGCAGCUGUAGCAGUAACCAAACUGCAAGGGGAGUUAGCCAAGGAAGGAAGAGAAGAACCAUCUGUAUCCAAAGGAACUCGCGAGAAACCUCUAUCUCGUAAAGCUAUUGCUUUAAGAUCGUCUGAAAAAGCUAAGGAGAAAAGUGCUCUAGCCCAAUUCUGUGUAGAUAUUACCUCUCGUGCUGUUGAAGGACUCAUUGAUCCUGUCAUUGGGCGCGAGAAAGAAAUUCAAAGAAUUAUUCAAGUACUUUGCCGCAGAACCAAAAAUAAUCCAAUUCUUCUUGGUGAAAGUGGAGUUGGCAAAACAGCCAUUGCUGAAGGACUAGGAAUCAAGAUUGCGCAGGCUGAAGUUCCUACUUUCCUUUUAGGAAAGCGUGUCAUGUCUUUGGAUAUUGGACUAUUAAUUGCUGGUGCAAAGGAAAGGGGAGAACUAGAGUCACGUGUUACCACCUUAAUCAAAGAGAUACAGAAAGAAGGCAAUAUAAUUCUCUUCAUUGAUGAAGUCCAUACCCUUGUUGGGACGGGUACAGUUGGACGAGGAAGCAAGGGGAAUGGCCUGGACAUUGCUAAUCUAUUGAAGCCAGCUCUUGGAAGAGGUGAAUUACAGUGUAUUGCAUCCACAACUAUGGAUGAGCACAGGACAUAUAUUGAAAGUGAUAAGGCAUUGGCGAGAAGGUUCCAGCCUGUAUUGAUUAAUGAACCAAGCGAGGAGGAUGCUGUGAUGAUUUUGUUGGGCUUGCGCCAAAAAUACGAGGCCCAUCACAACUGUAGAUAUACAUUGGAAGCAAUAAAUGCAGCUGUUCACCUCUCAGCAAGAUAUAUUGCAGACAGAUUUCUUCCCGAUAAAGCCAUUGAUCUCAUUGACGAGGCAGGUAGCAGGGCCCGUAUCGAAGCUUAUAGGAAGAAGAAAGAACAACAGACUGGUAUACUUUCGAAGUCGCCAAGUGAUUAUUGGCAGGAAAUCAGAACUGUUGAGGCCAUGCAUCAAGUGGUUGUUGCAAGUAAGCCAAGCAUCGAUGAUAGUGAUUCAAGCAUCGAGGACUCUGGAGACAUCAUCUUAGAGACGCCUCCACCUUCUGCAUCUGCUGAUGAUGAUCCCAUGGUAGUGGGGCUUAAUGACAUUGCCUCGGUUGCUUCACUCUGGUCAGGAAUUCCUGUUCAGCAGCUUACUGCUGAUGAAAGGAUUGCUCUGGUGGGUCUUGAGGAACAACUUAGAAACAGGGUUGUUGGCCAAGACGAGGCUGUUCUUGCGAUAUCUAGAGCUGUCAAGAGGUCGCGCGUGGGGCUCAAAGAUCCUGAUAGGCCAAUAGCGGCCAUGCUUUUCUGUGGCCCUACUGGUGUCGGGAAAACUGAGCUAACGAAAGCAUUGGCUGCAUGCUAUUUUGGAACGGAGUCAGCCAUGCUGAGAUUGGACAUGAGUGAAUAUAUGGAGCGACACACAGUGAGCAAACUAAUAGGGGCACCCCCAGGUUAUGUUGGUUAUGGCGAGGGAGGGACUCUGACAGAAGCUAUAAGAAGACGACCUUUCACUUUGGUUCUACUCGACGAGAUAGAGAAAGCCCACCCAGAUAUAUUUAACAUCCUCCUCCAAGUGUUUGAAGAUGGCCACCUCACAGAUUCUCAGGGCCGCAAAGUGUCAUUCAAGAAUGCGUUGAUAGUUAUGACCUCUAACAUCGGGUCUUCUGCCAUUGCAAAAGGCGGACGUACUUCCAUCGGCUUUAUACUGUCAGAUGACGAAUCUGCUUCUUAUGCUGGAAUGAAGGCCUUAGUACUGGAGGAACUCAAGUCAUAUUUCCGCCCCGAGUUACUGAACAGAAUAGAUGAAAUGGUUGUAUUCCGUCCUCUCGAAAAGAAUCAGAUGCUAAAGAUUGUGAAUAUGAUGCUGCAAGAAGUUAAAGGAAGGCUGAUCUCUCUUGGAAUCGGGUUGGAGGUAUCGGAAUCAAUCAAGGAUCUGGUUUGCAAGCAAGGGUAUGACCCAGCUUAUGGCGCCAGGCCGCUCAGGCGAGCAGUCACUCACAUCAUAGAGAACCCUCUGAGUGAAGCCUUGCUUGGUGGAGAGUUCAAGCCAGGUGACACAGCUAGCAUUGAUGUAGAUGUCACCGGGAAUCCGGUCGUUGUGAACCGGACUUCUGACCGGAGUGUCCACUUAACAGACACAACUACGCUCUUGUAAUUAGUCGGUGUAUUAUAUGUAGGAAAAGUUCAUCUAGUGAUACGACUGUGUAUAUAACGAACGAGCUUUGGUUAAGGCCAGAUUCAUUCACGCAAUCGCAGCAAUUGGCGGAUUCGAUUUCCAAGUGUAUCUAAAAAGCAUUUGAACAUUGGCCAACCGUAACUAUACUUCAUUGCAUUUGAUGCUCCAAUUUUUUUUUUACGAUGUUAUCAAUCUUUCUUGGACAAAAUAGCUGGUUAUCCUGAUCGGAGAAGAGUCAUAUGAAUAUAUGAAUGUACCCUCCGUCGCCUCCCUUCUUCGUGGGUUGGGUUGCUUGAGGCCUAAGUAACCUCUUGUUGCAAUUGGAUCCACGUCGGCUGGUUUUGAAUGAACCCGUUUGGUGUCCAUCUUCGAUCCUUGCUUCAGUGUGGGCUUAUUAGUCUACUCUAUUGGUUCCUCUUGGACUCCAUAGGACUUCUUCUUCACUAACUUUCAUCUUAUGGACAAAAUACCUCUUGAUCUUUCCAAAUCUGCUCCUUUGGACCUCCACAACCUUUCAAGGCUUGGUCCAAAAAUUUUUAAAUUGCGUUUUAUCUUGAAAAAUAUACAAAAAAAAAAGCAUAAAAUAAUACAAACAAAACCUAGGUCAAUAAAAGCUCAUUGAUCAAAUAGUUACGAAAUUUAUAGAAAACUAAGUAAAAUCUCCUAAAGGUGCAUUGGUAGAACGAGAAAAUGUAUCAAAUAUGAUAGUGAUAAACACUAUAAACGAAGUGUUAUCAGGUGAUCAUUUGAGAGGGUUUGUCGGCGGUGGAGUUUGAAAUCCCAAAUCUAUGAAUCCUAAUCUUUAUCCCGAGAAAUCUCUAAUUUGUCAAUCGUAAUCGCGUCGUUUGUGUAUGUGGUUUGAGUUUGGUUAGUGGAUGCUGAAAAUCGACCUCGUCGCCUACGACCUUGAAACCCGCCAACGAAUUUUCCUCCCCCCUCCUCAGCCGAUCUCCCGAGCCUAUAAAUUUACAAACUUCCCCAUCGCACACGAAGAGUUACGCAUCGGCUUGAGGCUUAACGACAAGGGGUACAAGGACCUGUUCGAGGUGCAGAGCAACAUUGAGAAUUCAAGGUUGAAAAGGUGGAAGUGGUAUGAGAAGGGGUCUGGGAAGAGUUUGGAGGAAGCUGAAAAGGUGGGGGAGAUGAUAAAUUUGUUUUUAUUUAAUUGAAUUAAAAUAAAGAUAAGUGAAUGAA